CUGGACCCUCUUCCUGCCACAUGUUCAGAGCUCCUCCAUCUUUGGAAGCUUCAAUUCCUCCACACACGAGCAAAGAUGGGGGGACAAACACUUUCGUCGACUGUGUUGCUAUUCACUCUUCUCGCCAGCACUACAAAUGCGGCGUCAGACCCUCCACGGCCGCGUGGUGUAGGUCCUGAGUUCGCCAAAUUCUACAAAGACCCCGACACAUUCACUUGUAUCUCGAAUCCCAGCAUCAAGCUCGACAUCGCCCGACUGAACGAUGACUACUGCGAUUGCCCCGACGGCUCAGACGAGCCUGGCACCUCCGCAUGCUCCUACAUCUCCCCGCUCUCUCCACCGCAACCGUCGAGAAGGGAGCCUGGGUCAUUCGACGAAACACUAGCCCUGCCUGGCUUCUACUGCAAGAACAAGGGCCACAUGCCAAGCUACAUUCCCUUUACGAGCGUCAACGACGGCAAGUGUGAUUACGAGCUAUGCUGUGAUGGUAGCGACGAAUACGAGGGCGUCGGCGGCGUGAAGUGCCCAGACCAGUGCGCGACAAUUGGCAAGGAGUGGAGGAAGCAGGACGACGCGCGGCAGAAGAGCUUGAACAAUGCAAGACAGAAGCGGAAGGAGCUGGUUGCCGAGUCUGGACGCUUGCGGAAGGAGGUCGAGGACCGGAUAUCCACUCUAAAGGCACAGAUCGAAGGCCAGACAAAGAAGGUGGAUGCGUUGACGAAGAGCUUGGCAGAGAUCGAGCGUGCGGAGAAGGGCAAGGUGGUCAAGGGCGCAGGCAAGGGUGGGAAGGUCACAGUGCUGGCUAGUCUGGCUAAAGAGAGGAUUCAAGAGCUCACUGACAAUGUCGAGCGUGUCCGUAGAGAACGUGAUGCUGCCAAGGGGAGAAUUGACGAGCUCGAGGGCAUGUUGAAGCGCUUCAAGGAGGAGUACAACCCCAACUUCAACGAUGAGGGUGUCAAGCGCGCUGUCAAAGCAUGGGAGGACUACGCCGCACAGGACUGGCCUGGACCGGACGCUGCACGCGAUCGCGACCUCGACGAGAUCCUGAAGCCUGACUCUGAGAACGCCAUCAAGUGGGAGGAGUUUGAGACUGUCGAGGAGUCGGAUGUUGACGUUCUCUAUCAAUUCGAGAACUAUCUGCCCGAGUCUGUCCGUAGCUGGGUUGACGCGAAGCUUCGCGACCUCCGAGUAACACUGAUUGAGAACGGCAUCCUCGCGAACCCCAACACCGACAGCCCCGAGUCCAAAGCUGUCACAGACGCCAAGGCGCAGCUCGACUCCGCAACGCGCGAGCUCAACAACGACAAGACCGAGCUCACAAAGCACGAAGAAGACCUCACCAAAGACUACGGCCCCGACUCUAUCUUCCGCGCCCUCAAUGGCCGUUGCGUCAAUCAAGACAGCGGUGAGUACACAUACGAGCACUGCUUCCUCAGCAAGACGACUCAGAAGCCGAAGAAGGGCGGUGCGCACACUGGCAUGGGCAACUUUGCCAGAAUCGAGAUCGUCACCGUUGAUGAGACAUUGCCAGCUGAUGGAAGGGGCCUCGGUAGCGGUGAGAGGAUCGCGCUGAAGUAUGAGAACGGUCAGCAUUGCUGGAACGGUCCUAAUCGCAGUACUACUGUCAUCCUGGCGUGCGCUGAGAAUGAUGAGAUCUGGAAGAUCGUCGAGGAAGAGAAGUGUGUGUACAGGAUGGAGGUUGGUACACCAGCAGUCUGCCAGGUUGAGGUCAAGAAGCCGGAUGUGCCUGAGCACAACGAGUUGUAGGUUGUGUAAGAUGAUCAAAAGACAUCAACGCCGCAGGUUGAGUGGACUAGGAAGCGAUCUUGUCCUUAGGUUAGAUGGUCCAUGCUCACGUUCAGAUCCAGACACCUCAACACAUACGAACAAAUCCACACAAAUUACGAC